AUGACGUCCGUCCUCAGACAGCAGCGGACGUUUAUAUGGACGUCCGUCCUCAGACAGCGGACGUUUAUAAUAAACGUCCGUGCUCAGGAAAGUAAGAAGGGAAGCUUGGAUUUUGUUUUUGUGGACGCUGAUAAGGACAAUUACUUGAACUAUCAUAAGAGGGUGAUUGACCUAGUGAAGAUCGGGGGGCUGAUCGGGUACGACAACACUCUAUGGCAUGGAUCUGUUGCUGCACCACCUGAUGCACCUAUGAUGGAUUACGUAAAGAAUCAUCGUGGUCAUAUGAUUGAGCUCAACAGGUGUCUGGCUCAAGAUUCUAUGAUUGAGAUUUGCCAGCUCUCUGUGGGUGAUGGCAUUACCCUGUGCCGUCGCAUUAUCUGA